AUGGCAAAACAACCCAUUAUUGUGCUUAUUCUAACAAUCUCAUGUUUGCUGGUGUCCACGUUAGACGUGUAUGCUAGAAAGCAAGUUCCCUCCCAUGUCGGGGAGGAAGCAGCAUCCUUCCUCCGCGACGUCUGUGGAGGAAGAGAAAAGGUUAUGCAAAUCCAUGUAUACGUCCAAGACCUCCGGAUCGGGCACGAGAAUGCCACCGUGGUGGAGGUGGCGAAAGCCGCCGGUGUGACCGACAACUCUCCGUACGCCUUCGGGAGCGUCCACGUCGUGGACGACCUGAUGACGGAGGGGCCGAGCAUAAACUCCCGGAAGCUCGGGCGCGUCCAAGGGCUCACCACUAGCGCCGACCUCUCGACGUUCGGCAUCGCCAUGAACAUCAACAUAUACUUCACGGAUGGGCCGUACGCCGGCAGCUCGCUCAGCAUCCUCGGCCGGAACCAGGUGAUGGACGAGCGGCGGGAGCUGUCGGUGGUCGGCGGCACCGGCAUCUUCCGAUACGCUCGUGGCUACCUAAUCCAGACCUCCUAUUCAACGGAUGACGCGGCUCAGUACGCGGUGUUGGAAUACAACAUCUACACCACCUACGAUGCUCAAAUGUGA